AAGGUUUGCCAGCUGACAGUGAACCUGUUUGCUUCCUUAGAGAAGUCCAUCAUCCCCAGCAUCAACUCCUACCAGUAGUUUUAGAAGUUUCCUUAGAUUGAAGCUGUCGGAUCAUCAAUCAUAACUAUGGCAGCCUACAAAUUAGUGCUGAUCCGCCACGGGGAGAGCAACUGGAACCAGGAGAAUCGCUUCUGCGGCUGGUUCGAUGCAGACUUGAGCCCAACCGGAGAGAAGGAGGCGAGGAGAGGGGGACAGGCCCUGAGAGAUGCUGACUUUAAGUUUGACAUUUGCUACACCUCCGUGCUAAAGAGGGCCAUCAGAACGCUGUGGUUUGUCUUGGACGGCAUUGACCAGAUGUGGGUGCCGGUGCAUCGGACAUGGCGGCUCAAUGAGCGCCACUAUGGAGGGCUAACAGGACUGAACAAGGCUGAGACAGCUGCCAAGCAUGGAGAGGCUCAGGUGAAGAUCUGGAGGCGUUCAUUUGAUAUCCCUCCUCCUCCCAUGGGCCCAGACCAUGACUACUACACUGUCAUCAGCAAGGAUCGUCGUUAUGCAGACCUUUCUGAAGACCAGCUGCCAACCUGUGAGAGCCUUAAAGACACUAUUGCACGGGCACUGCCCUUCUGGAACGAGGUGAUCGCUCCUCAGAUCAAACAGGGAAAACGAGUGCUCAUUGCUGCCCAUGGAAACAGUCUGAGAGGGAUAGUCAAGCACCUGGAGGGGAUGUCAGAUGAAGCUAUCAUGGAACUAAACCUGCCAACGGGAAUCCCGAUCCUGUAUGAGCUUGACAAGAACCUGAAGCCAGUGAAGCCGAUGCAGUUCCUGGGAGAUGAGGAGACUGUACGCAAAGCCAUGGAGGCUGUCGCUGCUCAGGGAAAGGCCAAGAAGUAAAGAGACCGAGCAGCUCCCUUUAUCUAAGGUGUUAGAGAGUGUCCCCUUUCAGCUGGACCAAGAUCUGUUUCUUUCCUAAAUCUUAUUUCCUAUUUGGGGCUGUAAAACAUGCUGGAUAUGCUGUAGAUUGUUCUCAAAAGUAACCUCAGUUUCCUUGCUCUGUGAGGUAAGGUGGUCGACGGUAAUGUUAGAACCAUUAGAGCCAUGGGAGCAACAGCUCUCAAGAGAUUGUAAAUAAUUUAGAAAAAGAAAAAUACUUAAUAUUAUAAUCAUUGCAAAGUAAACAUUUAUGUUUAUACUUUGACUCUAAGAUUAUUUCUUAGGUUUGCAACUAAUUUUAAACCGAGCAAGACCUCAUCUUCUAAUCAAUAAUUUGUGUUUUCUGUACAGGUUAUAAUAAGAUUAUGGCCGAGACGCAUUAUGUUAUGGAUGGCUCAUGUUGUGGUGUAUUGUAGUCUAUUAUAUACUCACUGGCUUUUGGUCAAUAAAGUAUGAUUCUUCUAGCUCUGUUUUCAAAAAAUGUAUUUGAUUAAUCAAAUCCACAAAUAAAAGGAAUUUCUUUUGCAAUCUCUUGAGAGAAGGAUAAAACAGUAAAAACAGCAAAAGUGUAUUUUUUAACCUUUUGAAUGGAAAUUGUCUUCUUGUGUGCUAUUAGUGUUUCUAAUGUGUAUGACAAGUUGGAUUUUUUUUUCCACCUUAUUUUGAAUGGUGCCAAAUAAUACUUUGCUCCAUUUUAUACUGUGUCAGUAAACAUUUCAUAAUUUGAAUUAAUGUCCCCCAAUUACACAGUGUUAUUCAUGGCAGGGGAAAAUGUCUUAAAUAGCCUAUGCCAGCAUCUUUGUGUUAACGUGCCUCAUGUGUAAUAUCCCUUCAUGUCUCACACUAUUUAUGUUUCUCUUUAUCAAAUGUAAUUAUCUCUGUCUUGGAUAAAUGUAACCUGAAAACUCUGAUCUAAUAAAUGUAAAGUUAUCUGUAGUCUACAUCUA